AAGUUGGUGAUCCUAUUAGUUCAUUAUUGGUUUACAGAAUCAUAGUACCCAUUGGCUUCGGUUCUUGUUGGACUUAUGUCGGAUGUUCUCAAGUUCGAAUCCUUCUAUAAUGCUAAUGAGAUAUAAAUACGAAACAUUUUUAUGGUAGAAAUGAGUAAGGUCAGUUGGUUAGUGUAACGUGUUUGUCUGUUUGCACGAAAGUUCUGAAUAUCCCCCUCUAGAGUAGAGUAGUCUUUUAGAAGAAAACAUAAAAGAAACGUAAGCACUCAUGCUCUUAAGCCCCGUUGACUAGAUGGGCCGAGUCACCAAACCCAACCCAACCCAACCCGAACUCGCUGAGUUAACCCACUCACUUUAGCGUUCACCAUUCUCGUUAUCCUUUGCCGCUUUUGACAUCUCGGCCAGCUUUCCGCUCUCACUCUUCAGUCUCUUCUGCAACUCCUCCUCCUCCUCCUCUUCCUCCACCACCACCAAUGGCAGCUUCCCUUCUUCUCUCUCCUCCCUUCCCCAACAACAACGGGGUGAGCCAAGUGUGCUUGCAUCACAUGUUGCACUCUGGCCAUUUGCACAAAAGCAGCAAUUUCUUCUCUGUUUGUCUCCCGAAAGCGAAUUGCAGCUUCAAGCUUUUCAUGGUACAUGCUAGAAACUUUGACCUCUGUUGCGUCUCCAGAAACCUUGCUUCUGUUGGCUCAUUGGAUGGAAACCUGGCAGCCCAACAAAAGCACUUUCACAGGUGCAAUUUUUUCCCUUCCCAAAGCUGCCUAGAAAAGCACUUUAACAUGUUCAAAACUUCUUUUAAGCAAUCAAGCGAUAAAUUAGACGGGAUGAAAAGUUUUGAGAGAGAGCUGCAAGAGUUAUUUGAUGAAGUCAAAAGGAUGAUUAUGAUGGGGAACAAAAAUGAUGCCAUAGACCUACUUCAGGCCAAUUAUGAAGAUGUGAAGGAACGGAUGGAUGCCGGCAUUAGAGGCAUUGAAGAAGCUGCCACCAUUGACAUCAUAGCUCUAGGAUACAUGGCUAUUGGCGACUUGAAAUUUGUUGGUUCCCUACUGGAUAUGUUGAAUGAAGUUGUUGGCAGUCUAAAGGAUGAUGAACUGCUUCUGGAUUCAGUUCUCGUGCAUAUGGGGAGCAUGUAUUCAACUUUGGGAAAGUUUGAGAAGUCAAUGUCUGCAUAUAGGAGGGCUAUUGGUAACAUGGAGAACAUAUAUGGGGAAAAUAGUGUUUUUCUUAUCACACCAAUUUUGGGGAUCGCAAAAGUUCUCACCUCCAUCGGAAGAACUUCAAAAGCAGUAGAAUUCUACAACCGUGCAAUUACUCUUCUAGAAUCAAGCAAAGGUGCUGAAAGUGAGGAUUUGGUCAUACCUUUAUUUGGCCUUGGCUAUCUUUUGCUCAAAGAAGGAAAGCCUACCGAGGCAGAAACUCCUUUUCUAAGAGUUUUGAACAUAUACAAAAAAUUAUAUGGAGAAAAUGAUGGACGAGUUGGAGUGGCUAUGUGCUCCCUGGCCCAUGUGAAGUGUGCCGUGGGAAAUGCAAAUGAAGCCAUCUCUUUAUAUAGAAAAGCGCUCGAAGUGAUCACGUCUUCCAAUUAUAUGGCCUUAGAUGACAGCAUAAUGGAGAAGAUGAGGAUAGAUUUGGCAGAGUUACUUCAUGCUGUUGGAAGAGGAAAGGAAGGCCGAGAGCUGCUGGAGGAAUGUUUGAUGAUCACAGAGAGAUAUAAAGGUAAAGAGGACCCCAGCUCAGCGACACACCUUAUUAAUCUUGCAACUUCGCAUUCACGGUCAAAGAAUUAUGCGGAGGCUGAGCGCCUGCUGAGGACAAGUUUGCAGAUAAUGGAAAAGACAGUGGGAGCUGAUGAUCAAUCCAUCACGUUCCCAAUGCUGCACCUCGCCGUUACACUCUACCAUCUGAAACGGGAUGAAGAAGCUGAACAGCUUGCCCUGGAGGCUUUGCGCAUUCGUGAAAUAGCAUUUGGAAACGAUUCCCUUCCUGUUGCGGAGGCUCUUGACUGUUUGGUGUCGAUUCAAACCAGAUUAAUGAAGGAUGACGAAUCGUUACUUGAGCAGCUGAAGAGGGUUUUGAGCAUCCAAGAGAAAGAGUUCGGUGCCGAGAGCGAGGAGGUGAUGAUCACCCUGAAAAAAAUUGUAUUCUACUUGGAGAAACUAGGGAGGAAAAACGACAUUUUCCCUUUGCAGAAAAGAUUGUCUGCACUUCGAUUGAAAUUUAAGCAACGGAUGCAACAUUAAUUGCUUGUGAUUAAAUACAUUCAAGUAUUGUAGUCGGUCCUAAACUUUAAAUUUUAAAAUUUUGGCACCGGUUUCGAUGA